CCCCAAGGGGGUGUGUACGAAGCCGAGCUCUAUAAAUAUGGGCGCCUCACUGUGCUCACCAGGCUGCGUAGCCAGGAGGAGCGCACGGCGCGGCCGUUGCUAACUGAGGCGUGCUAGGAUUCCAGAGUUGGAGAAGGAGGCAAGAUGAAGGCUCUGCUCCUGCUGGCGGGGCUGCUGCUGACCUGGGAGAAUGGACGGACGCUGGGGGACACCAUCUCAGACAAGGAGCUGCAGGAAAUGUCCAUCCAGGGAAGUAAGUAUGUUAACAAGGAAAUUAAAAAUGCCCUCAAGGGGGUGAAACAGAUAAAGUCCCUAAUAGAACAAACAAAUGAAGAGCGCAAGUCACUGCUGGACAACCUGGAGGAAGCGAAGAAGAAGAAAGAGGAUGCUCUGAAUGAUACCAAGGAUUCAGAAAUGAAGCUGAAGGCAUCCCAGGGGGUGUGCAAUGACACCAUGAUGGCCCUUUGGGAGGAGUGCAAGCCCUGCCUGAAGCAGACCUGCAUGAAGUUUUACGCACGCGUCUGCAGAAGUGGCUCCGGGCUCGUUGGCCACCAGCUCGAGGAGUUCCUGAACCAGAGCUCUCCCUUCUACUUCUGGGCCAACGGGGACCGCAUCGACUCCCUGGUGGAGAAUGACCGGCAGCAGACCCACGCGCUGGACCUCAUGCAGGACAGCUUCAACCACGCAUCCAGGAUUAUGGACGAGCUUUUCCAGGACAGAUUCUUCACGCGGGAGCUCCCGGACCCUUACCACUACCCGUUCUUCUCCUCAUCCCCAAGGAGGCCUUUCUACUUUAAUCCAAAGUCCCGCUUUGCCCGGAGCAUAAUGCGUUUCCCUGUGUAUGAGGACAUGUUCCAGCCCUUCUUGGACAUGAUACACCAGGCUCAGCAGGCCAUGGAUGCCCACCUCCAUAGGGAGCCCCACCAGUUCCCAAUGAUGGAGUUCCCAGGAGAAGACAACCGCAAUCACUCCGUGUGCAAGGAGAUCCGCCACAACUCCAUGGGAUGCCUGAAGAUGAAGGACCAGUGUGACAAGUGUCAGGAGAUCUUGUCAUUGGACUGUUCGUCCAGCAACCCGGCCCAGGUCCAGCUGCGACAGGAGCUCAACAACUCCCUGCAGAUGGCCGAGCGGUUCUCCAAGCUGUACGAUGAGCUGCUACAGUCCUACCAGGAGAAGAUGUUCAACACGUCCUCUCUGCUGAAGCAGCUCAACGAGCAGUUCAGCUGGGUGUCCCAGCUGGCCAACCUCACUCAGGGUGAAGAGCCGUUCCAGCUCCAGGUCACCAUGGUGAGCUCCCACACUUCUGACCCCAGCAUCCCCUCUGGCCUCACGAAGGUGAUGGUGAAGCUUUUUAAUUCCAACCCCAUCACUGUGACGGUCCCGGAAGUGGUCCCCAGGAACAAUCCUAAAUUUAUGGAGACCGUGGCAGAGAAAGCACUGCAGGAGUAUCGCCAAAAUCACUGGGAGGAGUGAAAUGUGAAUGGUACUUUUCCACCCAUGGGGACGUCUGACUCCAGUUGCCCCAAGAUGAGCCACGUGCCCUACACGCAGCUCUGCAUGUCCCCAAGUGACCAGCCCUGAGGCCCUCCUGACCCCCACCCAGCCUUUCCUCCUGCAGGACUCUGCACCCUAAUUUCCCCCGCAUGCCACUAACUCAAUAAAACCGCAUCAUAAUCGGAA